GUUAAAAUUUUAACCCAUUAAAAACCGUUUAUUUUCCUAAACUCAUCAGUUAGAACAAGCCUUUCUUCACUACGAGGAAGGAAUAUAAGGGAGGAGAUCAUCAAUUCCUGUGCGCGACAUUUUCUUGUCUAUCUAUCGAUACAAUUCGUAAAUAUCUGAGUCAGGUUUGUUCCAUUACUGAAAAGCCAUGAAGCUUGUCUUGUUCAUCGUUGUUGUGAUUAUUUGCUUCUUCGCUCAUUCCAUCUCCGCCCAUGGCAAUGUGAGCAUGAGAUCUAAUGUAAAUCUCUUUAAAUGACAAGUUUGUAAAACCAAAGCAUACGGUCGACCAUUUGCAAGUUGUAUACCACAUUGAAUUCGUAUGAACAAGAAUCUUGCGAGUGUGUAAAUAAGAAUCUGCUCUGAACAUCAAAAACAUCAUGAUAAGAUAUUUAAUUUUGAUUUUUGUUUUCAUUUAGGGAAUACCUCAAUGUUUGCCUGCAUUAGCAGCCUAUCUCCAUGGCCAAGAGGCAUCGCUGCAAAUUGUUAAGAACGACCUACAAAAGACGAAGCAACAGCUACAGCAAGCGAUUGGUAGGUUUGCACUCCUCUGCCGCGAAUGUUCAGCAGAUCAUGCAUAUUUUUAUAUUACUCGCCGUAGAAUUGAUGUUCUUCCUAAUUAGAAUCAUUCGAUUAAUUCAGGGCCUGCUGUUGAGGAAAGGACGACGAAUUGGUAAAUAGUGAUGGUGCAUUAAAAAGGGAAAGUUAAGUUUUAAGAAUUUAAAGUUUUUAAAAACAAAGAACUAAAUUGCGAAAAAAAAAGGACCAAACAAUCAAACAAAACCAUCCCAACACUUCUACCUCCUGCACAAUUGCCUUAGCUUCUAACCCCGAUGAGCUUUGCUUAAAGGUGGAAUCCACUAAGUCAACAAGUAUUUUCUCGACAUAAACGAGCACAUCAUUCAUGUCACUUAAAAUGAGCCUCCCUAACCAAUAGUCGCCUAGUUUAAAGAGUCACUAAGUUUAGCCUCAGAUUACACUGAGACAGGAGCUCAUUGAUUAGAGUGCAAAAAUUCGCGACAAUUUUAGUUCUCACCCAAAAGUAUACUACACAUCCUUGGCAAAUCCAAGGUUCACAUUGCCAGCUGGGAUCUAUGUGUCUCGAUGUUCUGAGUAACGUUUCCACCUUUUAUAGUGUCUACAGGUUUUAUUACUUUGAGCGACUGUAAAACAGUUGUUCGGUAGGAAAUUGAAGACAAAAGAGGCAAUAACACACACAAAAGGAAAUAACAAUGAAAACUGAAAAGAAUUAAGAAGAAUUUAGCUGAUUGCAAAUGACGAACUUAAAAGCGUGAUUUUACUCUAAAUUUUUGAAGAUUCACAAAUAGUAAAGUAUCCCCUACAACUGUCUCUUAGUUUACCUUUACACCUCCUUCCAAACACUUAAAAAGCUUUCUGCUAAAACAGCGCGAGAGAACUACUUCUUCCCGCACGAUUUACGUACAUUAUUAACCGAGCAAAUUCUGUUUCCUUCUUGUAGGCAAAUGGCCUCCAGGCCACUAUUGCAUUCUCGCCAAAGGACCAUGUCCGGCGGGCUUCUUUCGCUCCUCCGGUUACAUGCGAGCACUGAAGAUAUAUGCUGCCAGUAACACCUAUAUCACUCCGGUCACGUUUGGGGACAGCAAGAUAACGUGUCAUGGUCCCUGCGGUAAGUAUGGACAAUGGAUUGGAGAGUUGUACAUCACAGCGUGCUGCAAGUAAUGGAGGAAGUAGACCACCUACCACAGCAACAUUACCUGCCCCAAGUAGUUUAAAAAGCGAGCGCAGCCAUUGUGCUGCAUCAGACCGUUGGAUUAGCCUUGUUAGGUGUCUGUGAUGAUCAAUAAAAGGCGUG